AUGCCCCCAAAACGCAAAACCCUCGCCCCUCAGAGAAGCAGUGAGAGAUUGAAAAUCAAAAUGAGCAAAACCCUCGACAAAUCUCCAGUUUCUCCGAUCGAUUUAUCGACCCCAACUCCUCCUCUGCCGGAGAAGAAGAAACAUAAGCAUUAUCGGGCCGUCACUACCAAGAAGCCCACUUCGUCCGGGCCGGAACAAGAGCAAGACGACGGGACUCCGAUCAGGCACCACCUCAUUGUGACCAGAGAGGACGAUGUGAAGCGUUACGAGGAGCUCGAUGAUUGCUUCAUUCUGGGUUUCGACCCGAUUGGGAUGAACAGGUGUUCUGUGGCGGAUAAGGUUGCUGGGUCGCCGGAGAUCGCCAUUGUUGCAGAGAAAGGGCAGGUGGCUUGCAGAGAUUUUCCACAUUCGAGGCAUAUGUGCAUUAAGUUCCCGUUUGAGACAACGGCGCAUGAGAAAUACUGUGAGCUGUGUUACUGCUAUGUGUGCGACACAGCAGCUCCCUGCAAGUCAUGGUCAUCAUCUAGCAACAAUGCGUUGUUCUCACAUUGUAAUGCUUAUGACAGCAAUGGUGUCUGGAAGCAGGAAAGGAUAUUGAGAAAGCCGGUAUCAGCUGUGCUUAAGCAUUGAACAAUCUCAUGCUUGAAGCUGUUUUGCAG